AUGAAUGAAUACUUUGUAGAUCUAUAUGGUGCAUUUCUGUAUCAGAAGGAUAUAUGUGACAACCCGUAUUCCACCCUUAAACGCUGUAGAGUAGAUGCUGCACCGAAUGGUGGUUUUGGUUUUGAAUCUUACAUUUUAUUAAGUAGUUCUUAUAUCCCAUUGUGUGAAAUAAGAACAUUGACUGAGGUUUUAGAAUGUUACAGCAAUGUUACAAACCAUUGUCCAGAUUGGCAGUAUAACAUAGAUUAUGAAUGGCACGCAUGGCACAUUAGACAUUUCAACACUUUCAUUAUUGGCGCCUGUUUAAACAUAAAUGAACUGCGCCCACGUGACUGCAGUGAUCUCCCUGUAGGAAGUGACUCAGGAGUAUAUACAAUAUAUCCAACAAAUGUGAUAUUUGAUGUUUACUGUGAUAUGGAUACAGCAGGGUUUGGAUGGACGGUUUUCCAGAGAAGAAUUGAUGGAGCUACAGAUUUUUUUCGAGAUUGGAUUGAUUACGAGAAUGGAUUUGGAAGUUUGACAUCUGAGUUUUGGUUGGGAAAUAAUUUCAUAAAUGUUCUUACCUCUUCUGGAAACUAUAAGCUUUACAUACACCUUGAAGAUUUCGAAGGGAAUUCAAGAUAUGCAGAGUAUUGCAAAUUCGUUGUCGGAGAUUCCACAACAAACUAUACUCUGAAUAUAGGUGGAUAUAGUGGUGAUGCAGGAGAUGGCCUUUUUUUCCACAACGGCAUGAUGUUUUCUACUAACGAUAAGGAUAAUGACAUAAGUCGACACAACUGCGCAGAAUCGUUUAAAGGAGCAUGGUGGUACAAUAAAUGUUAUCAAUCUAAUUUGAAUGGGCAAUAUAUAAGAGAACUUCACUCUACUUAUCCCAGAGGAACUCAAUGGAAUGGACGACCAGGACAAUCUGACACAUUGAAAUCUACUAGAAUGAUGAUUAAACGGCACUAA